AUGGAAACAUAUUAUGGCGUGGUGAGAAGCCCCGCCGACGCCAUCAAGCUCUUUGAGGCCUGCAGGCUUGGCCACCUCCCUCGCGUCCAGCGCAGAUUAUCCGAAAAGGAGCGGCAGGCCAUUAGGUCGGGCUCGGUAUUCGUCUGGGACGAAAGGGAGGCAGGCAUGCGGAGAUGGACUGACGGGAAAUCAUGGAGUGCUAGCCGUGUUUCUGGAAGCUUUUUAACGUAUCGCGAAAUGGAGGGAAAGAGGGGGAGUGGCUUUGGCGGCAGCAGAAGGGGCGCCGGGAAGACUCCGGAUUCUGGCCGCGGUAGCGACGAGGACCAAGAUGACGGAGAGCCCGACGGAUACCGCUACAAGGCAGAUGGCCUGAUGAAGCAGUCUUUCAGCAUCACCACGUCCAACAACCAACAUCUGCAUCUGAUCUCGUAUUUCUCCAGAGGUCAACAAGAUCUGCUACAGCCUAGUAACGAUCCCAACCUACGAAACAUUGUGCCAGCGAAGGGCAUGUAUCCCGAGUCGAGCAUGAAUGACGCCCCGGUGCCGACGAUGACGAGAACGUCUAUGCAACAGCCGCCUUACGGCCAGCAUCAGCAUCAGCACCAUCACCAGCACCAGCACCAGCACCAACUCCAGCACCAACAUCCAGGGCAUCCUCACCAAGGCUAUCACUCACAGUAUUCUCAGCCAGCAUAUAACAAUCCAUGGCCUCCUUCGCCCGUCGCGACGCCACCUUACAGUCACGGCCACUACACGACUACCUUGCCGCCCUACCCGCAGGGGCAAAGCCUUCCGCCACCACCACACGCUUACGCCCAUCAGCAGCAGCAGCAGCAGCAGCAGCAACCGCAACAGCAACAGCAGCAGCAGCAGCACGCCGCACUUCAGUCGCCGCAUAUGUCGCAAGCCGCCCGGAUGUCGCCUCUCGGUUCUCCCCGGUCACAGCAAUUGCAAGCACAGGCUAGGGAAGCAGUGUUGAUUGACCCGAGGUUGGCUGCAAAUAGUUCACGCAACUCCCAAGGUCCGCUUCCGACCCCGAGACAGCAACCUUCCCAGAAUGGACCACUGGAUACGACUCCUCCUCCACGGACACAGUCGGUGUCUCCGUCCUCGAGAAGCUCGUAUGUGGAGCCGGCGGGCACGAACGGUUCGGCACCUGUCACUAAUAAAGCGAGCCUUUCUGCGUUGCUUCUUCACCCGACCCCCACCAACUCUGAGCCAAACAGCGCGAAUCCGGGCACCAACAGUGCCAACAGCUCUCCCAGGGCCCCUUCGGGAGCCCCGGCUAAUGGCUCAUCGGCUACGGCCGCUGGCCAGCAAAAGCGAAUGGGGAUGGGGAUGGAAGAUGCGAGGGCGAUUGGAGUCCUUGACAAGAAAUUCUGCAUCUAA